AUACCAUCUGUUGACGAGAACGAGCGCCAUUUGAGUCCGCCAUUUUUUAUUUAAAGCAAAUCGUCAUUAAGAUACUUUCAAGUUAAAUUUAAUUUUGAACAAAAUUUUGUCUCCAAAUUUUUAACAAAAGUGCAAACAAAAUCCAAGACAUAAAAUGUCUGACGUGCUAAACAUCGAUAGUAUCAUCGAGAGGCUACUUGAGGUUCGCGGAUCGAGACCGGGUAAAAAUGUUCAACUGACGGAGGCAGAAAUUCGAGGGUUAUGCUUGAAAUCUCGUGAAAUAUUCUUGUCACAGCCGAUACUUUUGGAAUUAGAAGCACCACUGAAAAUAUGUGGUGAUAUUCAUGGUCAAUACUACGAUUUGAUGCGUCUGUUCGAGUAUGGAGGUUUCCCGCCGGAAUCAAAUUAUCUCUUUCUGGGUGAUUACGUAGAUCGUGGAAAGCAAUCACUGGAAACAAUUUGCUUACUGUUAGCGUACAAAAUCAAGUAUCCAGAGAAUUUCUUCCUGUUGCGAGGAAAUCACGAGUGUGCUAGCAUCAAUCGAAUUUAUGGAUUUUACGAUGAAUGCAAACGACGAUAUACUAUCAAGCUGUGGAAAACGUUCACGGAUUGCUUUAAUUGCUUACCCGUUGCAGCUAUUGUUGACGAGAAAAUCUUCUGCUGUCAUGGCGGACUCAGUCCAGAUCUGACAUCGAUGGAACAAAUUCGACGCAUUAUGCGACCCACCGACGUACCAGAUCAAGGUUUAUUGUGCGAUUUACUUUGGUCGGAUCCAGAUAAGGAUACAAUGGGUUGGGGCGAAAAUGAUCGCGGUGUUAGUUUUACAUUUGGCGUAGAGGUUGUUAGUAAGUUUUUGCGACGACACGACUUUGAUUUGAUAUGCAGAGCGCAUCAAGUCGUCGAAGAUGGUUACGAGUUCUUUGCGAAACGACAGUUGGUUACGUUGUUCUCUGCUCCGAACUAUUGUGGUGAAUUCGACAAUGCAGGAGCUAUGAUGUCCGUCGACGAUUCGUUAAUGUGCUCAUUUCAAAUUUUGAAACCGGCCGACAAACGCAAAUUUCAGUACAACCUAAACACUGGACGACCAGUUACGCCGCCUAGAGGUGCCAACAAUAAAAAUAAAAAAAAGUAGAUGAUUGUCGGGUAAUUGAACAACAGACAAAAAAUUACUAAAUUAUUUAAAAAAGAAAGAAAAUACAGAAAAAAAGGAGAGAGUGGGAGAGAGAGAGAAAAAUAAUAAAAAUUGACGAACAUUUUUUUUGUGUUGGUUACAUAUACAUAAUAGAGUUGACGCCUCAUCAACGGGAAAAUGUAAAUGAAACAAAGAAUUUUUUUUUUGAAAAAAAAGAAAGGAAAAAACUGAAAACUUUACUUAGGAACUAAAAUUUGUUUAGAAUUUUUGUUUCCGUUCAAACCUUGCACCUUUGUCUUACUUCUUUAUUUCAAAAACAAAAAAUCAUCAUCUAACCAAUUUGUUGAAAGCAGCAGUUCUACUACAUACACUCUCAUCGGAAAAUACUUUUUUUUUGUUUAUUUUUAUUAUUUUUUUUUAAUGUAAAACCCUAGCAGUAGUUUACACACAUUAUACACAUACAUACAAACAAACACACGCAUGUUCUAUCAAGAAAAAUAAUAAUUUUAAUUGACUAUGAAUGAGUAAUCAAUUUAGAUUUAUAAAAUUUCACUUCAAAAGUAUUUAAUCAAUCAAUUUAUAGGAUCAGUUCAGGUUUUUUUAAGUCAGGAAAAGAAGAAGAAAAAAUCGAUUUUUGAUUUCAGUUUUUAAUUUUUACGGAAGUUGUGCAAACUUCCUAUAACUAGAAAAUCUUUUUGCGACAAACAAAAGGAGAUAAAAAACCAAAUCUAAAAUCAAAGUCUAGUAAACAAGAAAACAAUGAAAACUCUAAUUAAAAGAAAAUUCAAAUUUUUAAUGAAGAAAUCAUCUUUAGCUGAUGUGACUUCUGUCAAACAAACAAAAAAUUAAUUUAAUAAAAUUGACGUAAAAAGUACUAGAUUUUAAAUGACAUGAAAAAUGAGAAGAUUGCCUUUUGAUUUGUGUAAACACUUUGAUGAAAAUUGAUCGUCUUGCAUUUAUGUCCUGAGAAUACCAACCUAUCGGACAUAGAGACUACUGUGAAAGUGA